CUAUUGUGCUCUCCUGUCUUUAGGUUACGUAAUGCCAUAUCUCUUUAGUCAACAUUAUAAGCUUAAAUCAUUUUUGGUUAGUCUUGGCUUUUAUAGUAUGCACGCUAUGUGAGUUUGUAAAAGGUGACAUUGUACUCAGUAAGACUGCAUGUGGUAAGUUCAUUUCAGCAUCACUCGAGGUGGACAGCGCCACUUCUGUGGUGGUGAGGAGGGGGUUGCUCCGCUCUCUCACACAGUGUGCUAUCCCUUGUCCUGCUUGAUCAACAUUUACUUUGCUGUAGUGUGCCCGUAGAAUCAGUUGGAUCGGUGUUGAUCGCAAGAAAAUGACUCGGUUAUCUCACUGUAUUGUUUAGUAAUGACUUAAAGAGCGGACCCAUGGGAAUGUUUUUAAUGCACGGAAUGUUUUUUUGGGUGACAUGUUUCAGUAUCAAAUCAUACUAUUUUCCCCGCUGGUCAAAGUAUUGUACUACAUGAAAGUUGUAUUCAAAUAUGUUGCACCUAGCACGAUGUUUAACUACCUAUUUGUAAAACAAGUUGUGCUGUAAAUUAUUUCAUAAUUUCUACACAGUUCUAAAUUGUUCAUGUUAUCUGGGGUUUUGGACUCUGAGGGCCGCUGUUGAUCAGUGAAAUAAUUUCUGUCCAGUGUUGUCAGUCAGUAGAGUCCCCUCCCCUAUCACUGCGCUUUACUUGAGGAGAGGGGGAGACUGCGCUUCAUUCGAGGCGGGGCGCGACAGAGAGACAUUUGCUCUGAUCUAUGGAUACACGGAGGGGACUUUUGAAAUAGGCUGGAUUAAAAUAAAAGUCAACAAUCUCUGUUCUAUUUGAUCAUCGUUUCUGUGGAUGCGGUAUAAGGAAUAUUCGUGUCUAAUGUAUUAUCCGUUGGCUAUGGUAUUGGAAGGAUUCCUUCAACCUAAAUGCCUAAGAUGGCGUUUGUGUUGUGGACUGCGGUGGCAAGUAUUUAUUUUCCUCCUGUAUAUCAGUCAUGUUGUCAGUGGCCAAAUCCGCUAUUCCAUUCCGGAGGAGAUGAAGAAAGGUUCUCUUAUCGGUAACGUAGCUCAAGACCUGGGGUUAGAUCUGAAAAGGCUCCGAGCGGGCCGAGCCCGUAUCGUGACAGGAGAAAGCAUUCAGUACACAGAGCUGCAGACAGACAAAGGGAUUCUAGUCGUGAGUCAGAGAAUAGACCGAGAACAGAUUUGUGGUGAUAUCACACCGUGUAGCUUCAGCUUCGAAAUCAUACUGGAAACGCCAAUGGAGCUACAUCGUGUUACUGUGGAAAUUUUGGAUGUAAAUGAUCAUGCCCCUAUUUUUCCGAAUAAUCACAUCAAAUUUGAAAUCAGUGAAUCCGCCACUCUAGGAUCUCGUUUUGUAUUGGAGAGUGCUGAGGAUCAUGAUGUAGGUGUUAACGGUCUACAGAAUUAUGUUUUAACCCCGAAUGACAAUUUUAUUCUGAAACAGCAUGCGAAUACUGAUGGUAGAAGGUUUGCCGAAAUGAUUUUACAGAAACCGUUAGAUAGAGAAGAGCAUCCUCGUCUCUCUUUAAAGCUAAUCGCUGUAGACGGUGGAAAUCCGCAGAGAUCUGGCACAGUAAAUAUAGACAUCACUGUCCUAGAUGUCAAUGACAAUGCGCCUAUGUUUAACCAGUCAGUGUACAGGGCUACUGUAAUGGAAAACGCAAAGAAAGGGACCUAUAUCACAACCUUAAAUGCCAGCGAUGCAGACAGUGGUUCGAAUGGGUUAGUUACUUAUUCGUUUUCUAAUUUAAAGGGGAACUUAGCAGAUAUAUUUCAAAUUGACAGGACAACUGGCAAAAUAUCUGUAGCUGGACAAAUAGAUUUUGAAAAAGACAAGAAAUAUGAAAUUAGAGUUGAGGCUAAAGACCAAGGAGGGUUAACAGACCUCGGUAAAGUUGUCAUAGAAAUAGUUGACAUAAAUGACAACGCACCUGUUAUAAACGUCAUGUCUUUCUCCAGCCCUGUGUCUGAAGAUUCUCCUCUGGGAACAACUAUUGCGAUAAUCAAUGUUAAAGACGUCGAUUCUGAGAGGAAUGGUCAGGUUACAUGCUCUAUAGAUACGAACCUCCCAUUUAAGAUCAAAUUAUCUAUGACAAAUUAUUACAAUUUGAUCACUGAUUUAACUUUUGAUCGAGAAACGACACCAGAAUACAACAUAACCAUAACAGCGACAGAUUCUGGUUCGCCUCCACUCUCUAGCACCAGGACAUUACACCUUAGAAUCUCUGACGUAAAUGACAACGCCCCAUUGUUUCACCAGCGCGUAUACUCUGCUUACGUCACAGAGAAUAACUCUCCUGGAAUGUCCAUAUUUACUGUCAGCGCGCGGGACUCUGACUGGAAUCAGAACGCUAGAAUCUCGUACCUCUUGGAGGACACGCAGGUCAGUGGAACUCCAGUUUCUACUCAUAUAUCUAUUAACUCUGAAACUGGAGUUUUACAUGCGGUUCGUUCCUUUGAUUAUGAACAAAUCAAACAGUUUACAGUCGUGGUUAAGGCGCAAGACGGAGGAUCUCCUCCACUCAGUAGCAAUGUGACUGUCACCAUCUUCAUCCAGGACCAGAACGACAACGCGCCUCAGGUUCUGUACCCAGUCCAGACUAGCAGCUCUCUGGUGGCUGAAAUGGUGCCUCGUUCAGCAGACGUGGGCUAUCUUGUCACUAAAGUUGUGGCUGUUGAUGUGGACUCUGGACAGAAUGCCUGGCUCUCGUAUAAACUGCAUAAAGCGACAGACAGGGCGCUGUUUGAAGUGGGCUUACAGAAUGGAGAAAUAAGAACUAUACGCCAAGUAACUGAUAAAGAUGCGGUGAAACAAAGGCUCACUGUUGUAGUGGGGGACAACGGACAGCCCUCUCGUUCAGCUACAGUCAAUGUUAACGUGGCGGUGGCGGACAGCUUCCCUGAAGUGCUCUCGGAGUUCACUGACUUUACGCACGACAAGGAGUACAAUGACAACCUGACUUUUUACUUAGUCUUGGCUUUGGCUGUAGUCUCAUUUCUGUUCAUCACAUGUUUAGUGGUUAUUAUAUCAGUGAAAAUAUACAGAUGGAGACAGUCUCGCGUCCUCUAUCAUUCCAAUCUCCCGGUUAUUCCGUAUUAUCCACCGCGCUACGCUGACACUUUGGGGACAGAAACUCUACAGCACGUGUACAAUUACGAGGUGUGCAGGACGACUGACUCCCGAAAGAGUGACUGUAAGUUCGUCAGACCCUGUAGUCAGAACGUUCUGAUAAUGGACCACAGUUCUACUGGGACGAUGCAGCGGAUGCAGAGUGAACAGAACAUCCUGGAUGAACCAGACUCCCCACUAGAGGUGAGUUUAGCUGAUGUUGAAUAAUAUACCACAUCUUGA